AUGGCAUUUUCUCUCAAUGUGGGCAUAGUCUGCGGGGUUGCGAGAAUGGCGCCAUCCCCUGAGCAAGUGCGGCUGCCAGCUCUCUCAACAUCAGCCUCUGCAACAACAGUCCAGAAGCCAGGUGCGAGCGAAGGUGAGCUUGUUCGUUCUGCUAGCCAAACUGAAGUGAGGAGCUCUCAACCUGGACCAAAACCCAAGACGGGCCUCGUGACUGUCAGAUUUCGUGGUGAUCAUGGCAUCUCCUUCGAGGGUACCCGGGUUUCUCAUUCUGUGCUCCAGGCGUGGAUGCUUGGCGUGCGACCCGGGUGGACGGCCCUGAGUGUGGAUGGCCAAGCGGUUCAGACCAAGGAGGACAUUGAAGAUGCAUUGCAAGCAGCCGUGGAACGAGAGAAGCGGUACGUGGUUUGCUUUGAGAAGGGCCAAGGCAAGUUUGGAACAGAGGCUAAGGAGAAGGCAGAAAGAGCGAAACGUCAGCUGGCCAAGCUGCGCAAAGAGUUUCGCUUCCAGGGCUGGAUCGAACGUCCUGAACAUCGUGGAACGACGUUUGCGCAGAUCGAAAGAGUGUAUUCUUGCUUGGAGGAGAAUUGCUCCAUAUGGGUGGACCACCUUCCUGCAAAGAUGUCCAAGACAUCUGGGAAGCCGCUGCGAAUGGACUUUCUGAAUUUCUAUCACCUCAGCAACUAUUUAAUUCUGCCUGUGACGAAGCCAAGACGUUGCUCAUUUGUGGAGAUGAUGGCGAGCCAACCGCAAACUCCUUCCUGGUUUGUAAGCCACUGGUGGGGGUCACCGGUGCAGGGCUUCGCAGAGAGUGUGGGCAAGCAUGUGGCCACAAGAGGGUUCACGACGGAGAGUUCUUACUGGAUUUGGGCCUUUGCCUGCAGACUUCAUGAGAAGCACAGCGAAAUCUGUGAGACCCCGGCACAGGCGCUGUUCUACAAACCGAUGGAGACAUGCAAGUUCAAGCUGUUGCUCAUCAUUGACCAGCAGGCCACAUGUUUCAAGCGGGCAUGGUGCUUGUACGAGACAGCGAUGACUGUAGAUACCAACUUAGCAAUGGUGGACGUCGCUUGCAUCAACGGCUUUGCAGCGGAGCUCAUUACGCAUGGCCUCACAGAGGAUGAGGAGAAGAUGGAGACCCAGCGGCCUGGCCAUGGAGUGAGGGCGAAACUGGCAAGGGAGGCCAACUUUCCCAUGGAGAUUGCAGAAGCAGGCUUGGGAGUGCAGGUUGAGAAGUCCGAGGCAUGGUCAGAGGAGGACAAGAAGUUGAUUCUUCACAGCAUUGCCUCGUACGACCGGGAGGAACAACGGAAGCUGGAGAAUGCGGAGGCCCGACUGCGGGCGCGCUUGGCCACAGCGUUUUGGCCCAGAGUUGCCAGGCCUGACAAGGACGCCAGAGGCCCACCAACCAAGCGGGUUGCAAAGGCCUUGAGCUGCAUUCAAGAGGAUGCUAGAAGAAGAUCCCUGGCUAUGCAUGUGCAAGGCCUCAGCAGUGAGUAUGUUCACAUGCUUGCAGAUAGCUUGCCACCGAAUUUGAUCGAGCUCACUCUGAACCUGAGGUGCUCUGCAAUGAAGGACGAAGAUGUAGAGCUGCUUGCGCAGGCCCUGCCAAAGCAGCUGAAAGAGCUGAAACUCGACUUGACCGGUUGCCAAGGUUUGACCGACGCCGGAAUUCAGCACUUGGCAAACAACUUGAACUUUGAAGAGACUGCAGUUUACAUUCACCUGGCAGAAACGGGAGUGAGCAAAGACAUGCAGGAUUGGUAUGCUGCAGAAGCCGCCAAGAACGAGGAGAAUGGUCAAAAUGGACAAUUGAAGAAUGUGUCGCGUGCCCUUCACAUGUCGCUGUGUCUCGACCCUGUGAUGUCAGAACCUUAUCGACGGACUAUGGUUUCAGCGGCCACCUUGCUGGGGAAGGUGCUUACAGAUGAUGCGGAGGAACGUGCCAAGGCGGCUUUACGAGCCCUUGACUCUUUUGGUGAGAAGGCUAGGAUGGCGCUGGGUGCAGAUGCUCAACAGCGUGCCAAGGAGCUUGAGGCGGCCAUGCAGCAGGCAGAAGAUGAGCGAAAGGCGAAAGAAGUGCAAAAAGCACAGAAGGCCGCGCAGAAGGAGGAAGCAUGA